AUGACACACAUUCAUACACUACUACUAGCGCUGUCUUUCUCUUCUAUAAAAUGCGUUGGCAAUCGUUGCUCGCUGGCUGAGGCACAGGAUUGUAAGGUAUGGUACUCGUACAGUAUGGUAUAGUAUGGUAUAGUAUGGUAUGGUAUGGUAUGGUAUAGUAUGGUAUGGUAUGGUAUGGUAUGGUAUAGUAUGGUAUGGUAUUUACAACCGAGUCCUCGUACGAUUACAGUAUUCCGUACCAGCAGGAAUCCUCAAGAGGCAUCCUCAAUGCUGGCCGGCCUCCUUUCUUUUCCUCCGGGCAGGGGCACGAUGCGGCAAUGA